GGGGUAUAUAAAGGGCUGCUGACCCCGUUCGGUCUCCAGGACCCACGUAAGAAGCAGAAUGGCUUUCCUCUGGUUCCUGCCCUGCCUCGCCUUCCUGGGCACUGCCUAUGGCUGCGGCCUCCCUGCCAUCCAGCCUGCCAUCAGUGGCUAUGCGCGAAUCGUGAACGGUGAGACGGCGGUUCCUGGAUCCUGGCCUUGGCAGGUCUCCCUACAGGACAACACUGGCUUCCAUUUCUGCGGCGGCUCCCUGAUCAGCGAGAACUGGGUGGUGACCGCCGCUCACUGCGGCGUCAGCACAAGUCACCGUGUGGUUCUGGGGGAAUUUAACCAACGUUCUCCGGCCGAGGAUGUGCAAGUCCUGCAGAUUGCCAAGGUUUUCAAAAACCCCAGUUUCAGCAUGUUAACCGUGAAGAACGACAUCACCCUGCUGAAGCUGGCCUCCCCAGCCAAGCUGACAGCCCGUGUGUCCCCCGUGUGCCUGCCUGAGGCCACUGACGACUUCCCUGGAGGCCUGACCUGCGUGACCACAGGCUGGGGCCUGACUGAUCCCAAGGCCCAGAACACCCCAGACCAGCUGCAGCAGGCAGCCCUGCCCCUGCUGACCAACACACAGUGCAAGACCUACUGGGGCUUCAGGAUCGCUGACGUCAUGAUCUGCGCUGGUGCCGCUGGAGCUUCCUCUUGCAUGGGUGACUCCGGCGGCCCCCUGGUGUGCCAGAAGGAUGGUGCCUGGACCCUGGUGGGGAUCGUCUCCUGGGGAAGCAGCACCUGCUCCCCCUCCACGCCCGGCGUUUACGCCCGCGUCACCAAGCUCAGGGCCUGGAUCGACCAGACCAUCGCGGCCAAUUAACUCAGCUGCAUGUUCUCAGCGUGACGGGUCAAUAAAGGAACGUCAGAGACUGGC